CGAAACUAUUUCGUCCUUCACGAUUCUCCCCCCUUUCCCGCUUCGUUUACCUCUCGCCCUCUCCCUUCCCUUCCCUUCCCUUCCCUUCUCAUCAAUUCCUUAUUCGUCACCGUAAGACCAUGUCGGAGGACAAGGGUCGGCCCUUGCCUAAGUUUGGCGAGUGGGAUGUCAACGAUCCUGCUUCUGCAGAGGGGUUCACUGUGAUCUUUAAUAAAGCUAGAGAUGAGAGGAAAACAGGUGGCAAUUCACGUGAAACGGACUCUCCCGGGAAGGGAGGAACAGCUUUUAAACAUGGACCUUAUGCUUCCAAGCCUAAUGCUAAGAAAUGGUUUUGUUGUAUGUAUGCAGCACCGGAAGCGUGAGGAAGGGUUCAUGUGACCGACAAGUUAUGGUAUUGGAUGUGUUCGUUUCACGUCAUUUUCAAGAACCAGGAAGCGCUGGUCCUGUGAUCAUCUGAUUAUAUUAGAGUUUGUUGAAGGUUAGAUGGCAUGAGUGGGCAAAGACCGGAAGCAAACUAGGGGAAAUGAGAUGAGAUGAGAUGGGAGAAGCUGGGAAUUGUCUUUAUAUAUAUAUAUAUAUAUAAAAGAAUAUAAACAUGUACUAAAGGGGGGGGACGUGUACUCAAGUUUGAUUUGUCUAAUUCUAUUUCUAACCUUUCUGGAGUGCUGCUGUUUCCAUGUAUUAUGGCAUGGUUCUUUUAGAGCUGGUGGAAUGAAUCUGUUGCGAAUGAGUAUUGAUGAUA